GCCGAUGCGAAAGGCAAAAAGAAAGAGGAGACCAAAGCUGCUCCAAAGGCUGAUGCCAAAGUGGAUGAGGCUCAACCACGGAAGGAAGAGACUUGGGGAACACAGCUCUUCCGCCAGAACGUUCGAUGGAAGCCGCGCUUCGAUUUGCAGAAC